CCAACAGAACCAACAGAACCGAGCCCUGCUGAGAGGACAUGAGAGGAUACCGAGGCAUAAAAUACACUUUAUUCAUCUUCUGCUACUUCUUCUGGGUUGUGAGCGCCGUCCUGAUCGCUGUGGGGAUCUACGCCAAGAUCGCCAAAGAGAAAGAUGUGGUGGACACGCUCGCGGUGGACCCGGCUCUAGUGCUGAUUGUUGUCGGGUCGUUGAUGUCCCUCAUCACAUUCCUGGGAUGUUUCGGAGCCCUGAGGAACGCCACCUGCCUGCUGAAGAUGUUUUUGGCCAUCCUGGCAGCCGUCUUCCUCCUGCAGAUUGCAGCCGGAGUUGUGGGAUAUGUUUUUACAGACAUGGUGAUGGACAGGACCGAGAAGCUCAUGAUGAAGGCCAUCGUCCGCUACAGGGAGGACCGGGACCUGGAGAACGCCAUCGACUUCAUCCAGAAGAAGUUCCAGUGCUGUGGUGUAGAAGGCUACAAGGACUGGUCCCACAACGUCUACUUUGAGUGUUCAGACACAAACCCCAGUGUGGAGGCCUGUGGGGUUCCCUUCUCCUGCUGUGUUCGCUUGAAGAACCAGACUGUGCUCAACACUAUGUGUGGCUACGGGACGCAGCAGAUGGAGGAGCGUUCAGCCGGACAGAGCAUCUUCACCGUCGGCUGUGUGGAGAAGAUCAUCUGGUGGGCCAAGAGCAACCUGUGGCUGGUGGCCGGUCUGACCGCGGGGCUUCUGCUACUCGAGGUGUGCAUGAUGUCUCUGGCCGGGGCACAGAUCUCCUGGAUAAAGAAGGUCCAGCAGAGACAGAAAGAAACUGAAGCUCAAAGUAGAUCAGAGAAGAAGGAGAGACUGUGGUUUCCUGCGUUCGCAGACUUCAACGACGAAUAAAACCGUCUGAAGAUACGAUUCAUGCUGUGAAUAUUCCACCUAGCUUUAAGGAUCUUUCAGCUCCUGCCUCACAUAGAAACAAGAGUCUAAAAGCUGUCUGAGCCACAGUGUCAAUAAAAGAGUCAAGGCUCUG